AUGUUCAGCAAUCCCCUCACCCGACUUGCUGCAACGUGCGGCAUCCUCUGGUCGUUGACGGCCCCUGCCAGAGCAAACGUAGGCGCAUGGGGCCCGGGAAUGUACUGUGGCCAAGGCAACGUCGUAGGAGUGGACGACGAAAACACGAAUGCUGCUGUUGAACCGAUGCACGAUAUGACCCGAGCGGAGUGGUGGUUCCACGCUUACAACGGAUGCCUCGACUUUCCUCCUCCUCCAGGCGAGUUCCUCGAACUGCCGGCGAACGGAAAGGUCAAGUUGGAACUAGCAGUCAAUCGCAAAUUCACCACGCGCGCUAACAACCCCAUCCUCGGGCUCUUCCCCCACGGAGAGGACACCCUCACUUCCAUCUCCGAAGAGGGAUGCGUUGUUAAUCCAAACAUCCACACACGUUCUGAGGAAGAAGCUACGGGAUCUGUUCUCGCCAUCUCGUACGCUACCUCGUUCGAGCGCGUCAAGCCGGAGAACUUGGUCGUGUUUAGUGUUCGACAUCACACCCCAUGGUACAGAGAAGUAGAAUACGACGUACCCAACCUUCCAAAGUGUCCCCCAAAUGGUUGUUUCUGCGCCUGGGGCUGGCUUCCAGAUGACUGCGGCCAACCCACCAUGUCGAUGCAGGCCUUCCGAUGCACAGUGCUCAACCCUCCCACAUCGGCAGCUGUCCACGUUGGACGCGCGAGGCCUCCUGUGUGGUGUGAAGAGGACCCCAGUACUUGUCGACAGGGUGCUAAGCAGAUGAUCUUUUGGACCCAAACUGAAGGAAAUAAUGUCGUCGUUGAAGGCUUGGAUUUGGAAGGGAGACCCAAGAGACCUGUGUAUGAUGGGAGAAUGGGGUUCAGCGAUGGUGCCCAACACGAUAUCUUCUUGUAG